GCGCCAGCUGGCGCGGCGGCCGAGACGUGCGACCUCGCGGAGGGCGCCGCGCUCGUUGACGGGAAGUCCAUCCGCGCGUCCGCGUUCCGCGAGCUCGCGGUGAUGAACCCCGCGGGCGAGACCGUGCGACUGGGCGACGCGCUCGGCGACGAGCGCUCCGUCCUCGUCCUCCUGCGUCACCUCGGAUGACCGUACUGCUGGACCUACGCCAACGCGUGGGCCGACGCAACGCCGAGGCUGAGAGAGAAGGGCGUGAAGAUCGCGAUGGUGAGCAUAGGCGACGGCGAGAAACUCACCAAGUUCCUCGACCUAAACCCGAACGUUCCGAAGGACAUCGCGUUCGUGGACGACAGCGACACUUUCGACGUGUACGAGGCGGCGAACUUUGGCGUCUUCACGGACACGAAGCUCGCGAAGGGGACCAAGGUGGACAUCAAGGCGCCCGACUUCAGCGCGAAGCAGUGGUGGGGUUACUUCACCAACGUCGCGAAGCUCGCGCCCGUGAAGAAGGGCGAGAAGCUCACGGGCGUCCCCGAGGGCGUCCUCCGCCUCGGCGGCACGUUCGUCAUCGACGGCGAGGACGUCGUGUACGCGCACAGGGAGAACCUGCCGGGGAUGUCGCCCAAGAUCGAAGACGUCGCGACCGCGGGGAAACUCUGGUGAUGAUCCCGAUUCGCGAUGGACGACGACUGGUUAUUUAUGGAUCUGGUUAUUUAUGGACCAUUGGAUCCAUAAAUAACCCCGCCGACGGGGGCCGACGCCGAGCCCCGCGCGGCGAGUCGAAGCGCACGUCGCGAGUGACGCGCGCGCGAGAACAGCCUCCACGCGAGGUCACGCGCGCGCUGAUGCGCCGACGACCGAUCGACUACGCCGCGCGCGCGGGCUCGACGUCCGGCCGCGCGAGAAGAAGCUAGUCUAUUAAGUAAGAUACCCGUAGCUCGCGCGAAGAACGCAA